AUGAAUGAUACAUAUAAAGAGAGAUAUGAAAACAAAGUUGAUGAAAUGUUCUCUUUUAAAGCCAACACUAAUGCUUUGAAGUGUGAACUCCAUCCUGUAUUCGAUAUUGCUCUGUCCAAUUGCAUGGCAACUAUGCUUGGAUUUAAAAACAAAAUUUUUCCCAGAAGCAAAAUCUACACAUCGAAUUUAUCUGUAAACAUAACUCCCAUCAGGAUACUAAGAAUCGACUGUGGAUUAAUAUCAGGAGCUUAUUGCAAUGGCAUUGAAAUGCACACUUUGUAUGAGUUUGAUAUAGACGUUGAACCAGGAUUUAAAUUAACAAAGGAGCCUCAGAAUGUAACAUAUAUGAGCGUUAAACCGCGUGGACGCCAGUUUAUUGAUAACAUCACACUGGAAAUUUUGGAUGACGUCGGGAAUUUGGUCAAUUUCCGUGGUGAAAAAAUUAUAAUCAAAUUAGAACUGCGACGCCUGUCUAGUGCCAGCUGA